GAUUCAUUUCCGGGUGGCGCGGGCGCCAUUUUGUGAGGAGGGAUAUAAACGGGCGCUAGGGCCGGCUGCCCGCCCAGUUGUUUCUUUGGUGGGGUCGGCUGCUUUCUCGCAUUUCCCUCCCAACCCCGUCCGGCCUCGCCCAGCGUUUCCACGCGGAAGCCAACUGCCAGAGGCGCGGCGUCGAGCCGGGCGAGUGUGAGGAAACCGCCGCCUUAGCCGAGCGCGCGGGCCCGCCCAGGGCGUUAGUUUUCGGCGCGCAGUCGCAGCCCCCGGCCGGCUCUCCAGGGCCAUGAGUUACGGUCGCCCGCCUCCCGACGUGGAGGGCAUGACCUCCCUCAAGGUGGACAACCUGACCUACCGCACCUCGCCCGACACCCUGAGGCGCGUGUUCGAGAAGUACGGGCGCGUCGGCGAUGUGUACAUCCCGCGGGACCGCUACACCAAGGAGUCCCGCGGCUUCGCCUUCGUCCGCUUCCACGACAAGCGCGACGCCGAGGACGCCAUGGACGCCAUGGACGGGGCGGUGCUGGACGGCCGCGAGCUGCGGGUGCAGAUGGCGCGCUACGGCCGACCCCCGGACUCGCACCACAGCCGCCGGGGCCCGCCGCCCCGCCGGUACGGGGGCGGCGGCUACGGACGCCGGAGCCGCAGCCCUCGGCGGCGCCGCCGCAGCCGCUCCCGGAGUCGGAGCCGCUCCAGGUCCCGCAGUCGCUCCCGCUACAGCCGCUCCAAGUCUCGCUCCCGCACUCGCUCGAGGUCGCGGUCCACGUCCAAGUCCAGGUCGGCGCGAAGGUCCAAGUCCAAGUCCUCGUCGGUGUCCAGGUCUCGCUCGCGCUCCCGGUCCCGCUCCCGGUCCCGGAGUCCGCCGCCCGUGUCCAAGAGGGAGUCCAAGUCCAGGUCGCGCUCCAAGAGCCCCCCCAAGUCUCCCGAGGAGGAAGGAGCGGUGUCCUCUUAAGCGAAUGCUGCGGUCUCCUGUUUGAUAAAAGAAUAUUGGCCAGUAUUGCAGAUUUUAACUGAUUUGGCUGAUCCUCCAGGGACCAGUUUCUGUGGGCGUGUAUUGGAGCAGGUUUGUCUUUAAAUGUUAAAGAUGCACUAUCCUCUUAGAGAAAAGGAUCAGUUCAACUAUUGUUGUACUGACUGGGACUUCGUAUUCUAAUGGAUGUGGCAAACGAAUUGCGAAAAGAAGCAAUGAACUUUUGGAACCCCCAAAAAGUUUACAGGUAUCGCACUGGGUGGGGAAAGGAUAGUGUGUCUUUAACUCUCGAAUUGUUUGGUCCUAUUUUUUAAAAGGAAAGGGCCCUAAGUAGCUCAGAUAUUAAAGCUUUAUUCUCAAUUGCCAAAUGUUUCAUUUAAAGACUAAAAAAUUAUCUUACAAUAGACUGAUUUUCUGAUUUCAAGUUUUUCUUUGGAUACCGUCCUUUUUUUUUUUUUUUCUUUUCCCUUUUUUCCCCCUCCCCCUUUUUCCUUUUUCUUUUUCCCUCCCUUAUAUCAUUUUUCACCUUGGUUAUUUGGCCAAGAUUACAUAAACACAAAUUUGUAAAAGCGGAUGGUAGCCUUUGUGAAAAUUUCCUAAUUGGGCCUUUAAAAAACUGAUAAUGGCUGGGUGGAACCUUUCCGUAACCUACUUGUUUCACCAGAGCCUUAGUAAGUACAUGCCUGAAACUGAAACCAUGUGCACUUUUGGUAGCUUCAUUGUAAUGGAAGGUAAACUGAACUUUUUUCUUUUCAAACCUAGAUGGGUCAGCAAGCAACGUAACAGAAGACUUGGGGGCAAAGGACCACAUACUCAGUCCAUCGAAGAGUCGCUUGGAACAAGCAACUGGCUAUUGAAAAGGUUAUUUUGUAACAUUUUGUCUAACUUUUUACUUGUUUUAAGCUUUGCCUCAGGUGGCAAACUUCAUUUUAUGUGCCAUUUUGUUGCUGUUAUUCAAAUUUCUUGUAAUUUAGUGAGGUGAACGACUUCAGAUUUCAUUAUUGGCUUGGAUAUUUGAGGUAAAUUUUCCUUUUGUUUAUAUAGUGCUGACUUCUUUUGUUUGAAAUUAAACAGAUUGGUAACCUAAUUUGUGGCCUCCUGACUUUUAAGGAAACGUGUGCAGCCAUUACACACAGCCUAAAGCUGUCAAGAGAUUGACUCAACAUUGCCUUCAUUCCUUAAAAUUAAAAACCUACAAAAGUCGGUGUAAAUUUGUUUGUAUAUGUUAUUUACCUUCAGAUCUAAAUGGUAAUCUGAACCCAAAUUUGUAUAAAGACUUUUCAGGUGAAAAGACUUGAUUUUUUGAAAGGAUUGUUUACCAAACACAAUUCUAAUCUCUUCUCUUGUGUAUUUUUGUGCACUAGGCGCAGUUGUGUAGCAGUUGAGUAAUGCUGGUUAGCUGUUAAGGUGGCGUGUUGCAGUGCAGAGUGCUUGGCUGUUUCCUGUUUUCUCCUGAUUGCUCCUGUGUAAAGAUGCCUUGUCGUGCAGAAACAAAUGGCUGUCCAGUUUAUUAAAAUGCCUGACAACUGCACUUCCAGUCACCCGGGCCUUGCAUAUAAAUAACGGAGCAUACAGUGAGCACAUCUAGCUGAUGAUAAAUACACCUUUUUUCCCCUUCCCCCCAAAAUGGUAUAUCUGAUCAUCUUCAUGUAUGAACUUAAAAUAUGGAAAAUGUUAAGGAAGCAAAAAUGGUUUGUAACUUUGUAAGUACUUAUAACAUGGUGUAUCUUUUUGCUCAUGAAAAUUCUGUACUAUAACCAUUGUUUCUGUAGUUUAAUUAAAACGUUUCCUUGGUGUUAGCUUUUCUCAGAA